CCGCAGCGUGUCUUCUUCGCCGCAACCCGCCGGCGGGCAAGAUGGCGCUGCAGCUUCACCCCGCUCUGUGGGAGGAGUGCCCUCACUAAAGAUGGCAGCUCCCUGCGCCGUGUGGCUGGGGGACACGGUGAGGCGGCGGCACCGGGGAAUGGGAACGGGAACGGGGAUGGGGCGGCGGUGCGGGCUGACCCGUGUCCCGCCCGCAGGUAGAGCGGGUGCCGUGCCCCUACGACGUCCAUCACCGCGUCCCCCGGGCGUCGCUGGAGAGGCACGCCGCGUCCUGCCGGCUCCGCAAGAUGGGCUACUCCGCCGAGGAGGAGAUAAAGAUCUACAGUUUCACAUUGUUAAGCAAGCUAGAGCUCAAAGUGCGAAAGAAGGCACAGGCUACAGCGAAGGGUCUUACUCAUUACUGCCUGUAGAAGUUCCUCAAAAUCACAAGCGUUUCACCUGUGACCUGACUCAAGCUGAUCGCCUUGCUCUUUAUGAUUAUGUUGUUGAGGAAACAAAGAAACAGAGGUCUAGAUCCCAAAUAACGGAGAAUGACAGCGAUCUCUUUGUGGAUUUAGCAGCGAAAAUCACCCAAGAUGAUAGUCAGAAAGGUCCGAAGUCCCAUCUUGAAAUUCUGGCUGAAAUGCGAGACUACAAAAGGCGGCGGCAGUCAUACAGGGCUAAGAAUGUUCAUAUAACAAAGAAGUCUUACACUGAGGUGAUUCGGGAUGUGAUUGGUGUGCAUAUGGAAGAACUCAGCAAUCACUGGCAGGAGGAGAAUAGGCUGGAUAAUGCAGAGAUAUGUGAAGGAGGGAAGUCAAAAUCUUCAGGAAGAAAGGAAGACCGUCGGUCAGCUUCAGUGGACUCACGGCAGUCUGGAGGAAGCUGUAAGGAUACUGAACGCAGCAGACACAGGAGAGAGGCCAGCAGGAGUCCAAAUAAACGAAAACGGAGUCGUGAAAGAGGCAAAGACAGAGAUUCUCGGAGAAAAAGAGAGAGGGAUGAAGACAAGUAUCACGGCCAUAAAAGAAGAAAGUAGAAACAAGAACCUGAUUAUUUUGUCAGCUUUUCAAAAAAUUACUUGUGCAGGAACUACCGUUACCGCUGUUGUGCCAGGGACAGUAACACUUUGUCCAUAAUGUUGGUGUUGCAUCACAGCUGUGCUUGGAGACAAAAAUGGAAUCGUGUUAAGGUUUGUCAGGAUGGAAGCAGUAUAUACCAGAAAGUGUGUAAAUCUGUAACACUAAUGCAUCUAUUCAUAAAUUAUAUUGAUCUCUCUCAUCUGUUUGAGUUCAGUCUGACAAGGCUGAGAAUGAAAUCUGUGAGAGGCUGUACCGAUUUGCCUUCCUGGCCCACAGUUAGUGGAUAUAGAACAGAGCUCAUCCCUGGAGUCUCAGAUCAAUUACAAAUGCAAGGAGCAUGAAGAGAGCUCCUCUCCUCCCCUGACACUGUCACCUCGGCGAGCUGUGUUCUGCAAGGACAGCACUUACUGCCCAGUUACAGCAGGUACCAGAGGGAGACUUCAGAGUUCUCCAACCGGCUAAAACAUCUUCAGCUGCAGCUAGUGGUGAAAGGACAAUAAUGGGAAAGUUACUGUUCCCAAGCUCAUGCUCAAAGAAAUUUAGGAUCAGUGUCAUCUGGCAAAGAUGACGAGGACCUAGCUCUCCACAGAAACUAGUGGGGAGUGUAAUGUUGCUGACUGCAAUACCCAUUUCCUUCCAGAAAUAACUAGGAGGAGUUCCCAUGCUGUAGACUAUCGUACAAAUAUUAGUGAUAGAGGCUGAUAUAAAAGUUAGAUGUAAGAUGUGCAGGUAUGUAGUAAGGGUGUGCAUGAGGAUUCCACUUAACUUCAGUGAGAUUUUUAUCAUAACCAGUUUCUAGGUCUGUUAAUUCCUCACACAAGCUACUACAGCAAGGUCAGUCAUCAUCAGCCAAGCUUGUCACCUCCAUGAAGUCAGUGACUAUAAAAGAACAAGCUUGCAGAUCCAUCUUUCCUACAAUACUUCCUUCUCUCCGAGCGAGUUGCCAGGAAACAGUGCUCCAUAUGCUCCUCGGUUUGGCCUUCCCUGGCAAUGGCCUCUCCAGUUUUACUGUAGCCGCUAGUAUCCUGUCUCUUACCUCAAUCAUUUCUGCAAUUAAGUGUGAUUAACUGUCACUACUUAGUCUAGUUCUGAUUGAUUUAGACUUCUGUACCUAGUACAGCUGUUCAACUCAAACCCAAACCCAAGCUGAACUCUGUGGCAGGCAUUACUCACCUACAUGACAAAUGCAGUAACUUUUCCUGUCAGAAAACAAGAUGUACUUUGAAACAGAUCCUUAAUUAGACAAGUCCAUCUAAGAAUGGGAAAAGAUACUUAAGUUCUGAAAGGGUCCUAUGAGAGGGGGAACAAUACAGAACCAUUGCAGUCCUUUCUUGAGUUGAUGUUUCUUCUACCAGCUCAGCCACAGGGUUCUCAUGAAGUUCUCUUGAGUAAAGCUUCGUAAAACUUUCAGUAGAGUGUGUUCUUGCAGACAAGGCAGUCAAAAGAUAAGCUGUAUUUGUGUAAGAGUCAAAAAAAAGUCAGUGCUACCAGGAGUGUAAUGAGAAAUGCACCAAUUAUAGCUGUCCCGUGUUCUCUCAAUUUAAUCCUGUGUUUUACUUCUUUUCUUACAAUCAGUCACUUACUUACGAAGUACAGGUAGGAAGAUCCAUACCAAAUACCUUCUACUCCGUGUAAACGGGUGAGUGAAGGUAUCACACCCUAGGUGUGAGCAUCAGUAUUUGGGAGGCAGGAGAACAGUAUAACCAUGUAUUCAGUUAACAUCCACUGAAGGGUGAUUGCAGGAGUGGGAUAAAGAAGUGCCAGAGAAGAGGAUGUUGUAUUGUAAUGUACAAAUAUUGGUCCUUUGAACACAAAUUAUUUUCUUGCCUGUAUUUAUUUGUUGUGUUUUUUCCUCUCACCUGG